CGGCCUUUGACCGGAAUACCGCUGACUGCAAUCGGCAACUAUCAAUGACACAGUGUAUAUUCUGUUCAUAUCGAAUGUCAGCUCUAUUUUCACUCUGAUAGCCGUCACACCCUGUUAAGAGGGUUCAGUUUUGUCAGUGUCGAUCUUAAUGUACGAAUAACCGUUUGACGGAUUGCGAAAACACACGCUAAGCUGCAUGUUCCGCCGAGCCUGUCAUAACCUGAGAUUCUUUGUGGAAUACGCCUUGAUUGGAGUACGCUGCUUGGAUGUUAUUUCUUCGCCGUGUUUUCUUAGAGGAAAGUAUUAGUUGGCUAUGUUUAACUGAUCAGCAGGUUACUGAAACUCACUAAAAGGUAGCUAGUCCUCCAGUAGGUUGAAGCUGGCUGCAGUAUGUCAACACCAGCGCUUCUUGGAGCUCUUGUCUUCAUCCUCCUCCCUCAUCAGUAUGCUGCUUCAGACUGUCUACAGGUUAACAGUGAGAUAUUGUCCUUCUACCGAGAAGUCGAACACCAUGCAGAAAACAAAGUGUACUUAAACAUGACACUUCCAAGUGAUCGUCAAGUGACAGUCACCACAACGCCGUCCAAUCACAUCAUACUUGAGAACUUUCCUGAGGCUGGAAACAUCAGGUGGAUUCUCAGAGUUAAUGGGUCACUGGAUGCAGAAACUGUCAGUCAAAUUACUGGACAGCUCACCUGUACAGGGCCCCGGACACCAAGGGGUAUAAGGAGCGAUUUUACAGUGUUGGUUGCAGACGUCAACGAAUAUCCUCCGAAGUUUGGACAAAACAUCUAUACAGUUAAUGUCAGUGAGAUGACACUGCCAAAUACUACAGUGUUCACCUUAUCGGGCCUUGCCACCGACCCGGACAUCACCCCAACCCGCAUUUACUACUCCCUGUCACACAACCAGAAUCCACCGCUUUUUGGAUUGAACACAUUUGGAACGGAACUUGUGACAUUACAACGACUUGACUUUGACUUCUCGGGCAGCAAGCAGUACAACGUCACUAUAACAGCGAAAGAAAAUACACUUAACGGGCUCAAUAGUACUGCCCUGAUAAUGAUAAAUGUCCUGGACGGAGACGACCUCAACCCGAGAUUCGAGCACCCGCUGUAUAAUGCCACCAUCAACGAAGGGACCUACCGAGACUUUGUUCUGGAUGUGGCUAUACGAGCCAAGGACGAGGACACGGGGGUGUCUGCAACAAUAGACUACAACAUCACUGACGCGUUGCCAGGCAAUCCGUUCUCAAUACUCAACAAUGGAAGCCUGAUGGUAACCGGAGUCCUACAACCAGAGACCACAUAUACCAUCAACAUCAAGGCGUUUCAAACCGAUCGACCAGAAGAACGUUACGACGACGCUGUUGUGCUGGUGACUGUAAUAGACGUCAAUGACCACGCUCCUGUGAUGUCAUCGUCAUCGUAUACAGCCAGUCUGACGGAAAACUCCCUUCCCGGCACCGUAGUCAUCGGCGUCAACGCCACAGAUGACGACUACGGUUUCAACGCCGCCUUCGCCUACCACUUCACCAACACUUCAGUGCCCUUUGAGGUCGACACGGAGGGAGACAUCGGUAUGGUGCGAGUGCGAACAGGGGCCAACAUCGACAGGGAGAAACAGGCCCAAUAUGUUCUGGAGAUAUACGCCGAGGAGGUGUUCACUGUUGAAAGGUUGAGGAGCGGCAACAGCACCUUGAUAAUCACGGUGGAAGACGUCAACGACAAUAGCCCCACCUUCGACAGCCCCACCUACAGCUUCUCCAUCGACAAAAACGACACCAUCGGCAAAAUUGUCGGCUGGGUAAACGCUACGGAUGCUGAUGCAGGGAACAAUGGAAUUGUUAAAUAUUCCAUCCAGCAUAUAACGUCACCUAUAUUCAAACUUGACCCAGACACAGGGGAGAUAACCGUGAACGUUACACUAGGAGAUGAAAAUGUCGGACAAGUGUAUUUGGCAAUUACAGCGGAGGACCAAGGCCCCCUUUCACAUAGAAGAACGUCUGUAGUCAGCGUGGCUGUUGUCAUCAAUGACGUGGACCUAUACGCCCCCGUGUUUGACUCUCCGACGUACAACCGCACAGUUCCUGAAGAUACACCAAUAAACUCUUUACUUAUGCAGAUUGUUGCUAGUGACGGCGAUAGUGGUGACAGCGUCACCUACACCGUGAUCAGCGGAGACGGAGACAACACAUUCAGCUUGGACUCAAACAGUGGAGUGCUAACAUUGGUCAAGAUCCUGGACAGGGAGUCACAUGACCUGUAUACCCUCACUGUGCAAGCAUCCGAUGGACAUAAAAGUUCAAACGCUACGGUCGUUAUAACGGUUGGAGACGUGAACGACAACAGUCCCAAGUUCGGCAACACCUCCUACACGUUCCCUGUGUCUGAGGACAUAGGAGCAGGCCAGCACAUUGGGCGAGUGGGGGCAACAGAUGCCGAUAUAGGAGCAAAUCAUGAUUUAACGUAUUCUCUCCUGCUGGAGGGAACUCAAGUAGCAUCAUUUCAAAUCAACAGCAGUUCAGGGGAGAUCACCACGUUUCGUGAUCUCGAUUAUGAGAACGAGACUAACCACGUACUGUUGGUGAGCGCUGCGGACCAUGGUGACCCCGCUCGUUCUACCACAGUCACCGUCACCGUCGUCGUGAAUGACGUCAAUGAUAACAGCCCGAUCUUUGUGUCGACCGCUGACAGCAUAACAGUCAACGAGGGCGUUCAACCCGGCUUCCUUUACACAGCUGUGGCGCACGACUCCGACUCCGGUGACAACAAGGUUAUUGAGUACAUGAUGACUGGAGGCUCGGAUAAGUUCGAGGUGAUGAGGAAUGGAAGCAUCAGAGCUACACAGGCACUUGACGUCGGCAACUACAACGUCACCGUCACCGCUUACAACAUCCGCCCGUACGUCAGCUGUAGCAGCUGUGACAACGCCACCCUCACCGUCAGCAUACAUGUUUCUGAUGUGAACAACCAGCCCCCACGGUUGAACCAGACAGUUUACACUACCACGAUCAGUGAAGGGCGAGUUGUCAACCCGGUACUCAGGGUGUUUGCCUCUGACGCCGACACCGACAGCAACUUCAACAGCAUCACCUACAGCGUGGUAGAAGUCGCCAUCAGGGACAGCAUCUACCUCUCCCCCACCACAGGGGAGGUGUACAUCUUCUCUGACGUCGACUAUGACCCACCAUCUUCAGUCCAUCUGAUCAACUUUACGGUCGAGGCCAGUAACACGGCGGACGCGAGCAGCACUGACUUUGCGCAAGUUACUAUCUACGUCAACGACAUCAAUGACAACACCCCUACGUUCGACAAGUCGGUAUACACAUGCACAGUUUACGAGAACGCGACGUCAGGAACGACGUUCGGCUGCAACACGAACGCAACAGACAUUGACUCUGGUAACAAUGCCGUUUUGAAUUACGCCAUUGUUCAGCCAUUGAACGCUCCGUUCCAAGUUGACCCAAGCACUGGACAAGUGUCAGUAUCCGGCAGCCUGGACUACGAGUCCAUCACCACCUACAUGCUCAGUGUCCGCGUGAGGGACCAGGGCGCGCCCCCUAGGUCAAGUACGUGUCAAGUUGUGGUAGAUAUUGUUGACGUCAACGACAACCCGCCAGUAUUUACCUCUACACCAUACAACUUCUCCAUCCCGGAGACGUCACCAAAGGCGUCAUUCGUGGGAACGUUGUCCGCUACUGACCGCGACACCAACACGAACCUGACCUUCACAUUGAUCAGCCACACUGAACUGUUCAUCUUGCAAAAUAGAGUUGACCUGAAAACUCUUGUCGUCUUCAACUGCAGCGACUCCCUCGACGUUCAAGUCUCCGUCAGUGACGGCAUUCACACUGUAAACACCGUCGUUACAGUGAACGUCUUGAGUGUUAAUGAGUAUACGCCGGUGUUUAUAAAUAAACAGGGCCUCACCGUGCUUGAGAACACCACGAAAGGCGAGACUAUAGGAACGCUCCAAGCCGAAGACGCAGACUGUGGGCCGAACGGGCAUGUGUCGUUUAGCCUCAUAGGCGGGAACACAAAUCAAACUUUCAAAAUCGAUAACUCCUCUGGGGAGAUAACUCUUGAUGGUCAACUGGACUACGAAGCAAUCAAAGAAUACAGACUGUUGGUCAAAGCCGAAGACGGUGGACGUCCCCCUCGCCUGAGCUUCACCACCGUCAGUGUCGCGGUGGUCGACGUUGAUGACAGCGCUCCUGUGUUUGACAGGGUGGAGUUUACAAGCACCGUCUACGAAAACUCACCUAACGGAACAUCUAUCCUCAAGUUGACUGCUCGUGACGUGGAUACACCUAAUGGCAAUCUGCAGUUCGGAAUCAUGACGCCCGGCCAAGGAAUAGCUGUCAGUCCAGACGGCACAUUGUCUGUAGACGGUAACCUGGACGCUGACGGUAAUACCAACGUCAUCGUUGCCAACGUGACAGUGACGGAUGGCGCCAGAGUGGCUGAGGCUGUAGCAAGAGUCACCAUCAUGGACGUCAACGACAAUAUCCCGGUCCUGACCAUAGGUCCAAGAAACAUCUCCGUGCCCGAGAACGCCGUGGUCGGUCAGGUGAUAGCCAACGUUAACGCAACUGACGCUGAUAGAUCCAACAGCGGUUUUACCUAUUGGUUGACCAGGACGGACGGGAAGUUUGCCAUCAACGCCUCCUCCGGUGUUUUGAUUGUUGAUGAAGAGUUUGACCGGAGUGUUCAAGAUUACUACAAUGUAGGAAUUCACGUCAGCGAUCACGGAAUCCCUCCCAAAUUCUCCGAUGAUACUUUAACCGUUGUUAUAAUAGACAGCAACAACGCCCCUGUGUUCAACAAGACCGAGUUUCCAUUCAGUGUGUCCGAGAAUGCAUCCAUAGAUACAAUGGUCGGUCGGCUGGUAGCAUACGAUGUCGACAGGGGAUCGUCAGGUGAUAUUCAGUAUUCCUUCAUAUCUGGGAAUAAUGACGGUAUGUUUACAGUAGGACCCACAACAGGAGAGAUAUCUCUCCAGAAAAGCCUGGAUUAUGAACAUAGAAAUACCUAUACCCUCAUGGUUCAAGCAACGGACAGCUCGUAUUCUCCCAAAAGUAGUACAAGUACUGUUAUUAUAACUGUCCUGGAUAUUCCAGAAGCUCCCCAAUGGCCGUUACCACUCCCUGUUGUGUAUAUGGUAAAGACCAACUCAUGUAACAAAUCUAGGCUGACCGCGUUCUCAAGGGACAUCACCUCGAUAACGAAUAGUCCAUCGGAAGUGGUGUACCGACUUCUGAACGAUACCCACGUCUUCUCGCUGGCGAACUCAACGGGGGCGUUAACUGUCUCCGACCCCUCUCUGUCAGUAGGAUCCUACGUGUUGGGGUUAGAAGCCUGUAAUGUUGACCACCCUGACCUGUGUACAGAGGCCGCGCUGACCAUUGUAGUGACCAGUGAUGUCACGUUCUUCUUCUGUCCUGCUUUCCUCGUUAAAGAUGUGAAGGAGGAUGCAGCGGUUGGUUAUGUCGUGGCCGACCUCAACACCACCGUCAGCGAUGGCGACGUCACUUACAACAUCACAGAGGGGAAUACAGAGAAGAAGUUCUCCAUCAAUACGAUUACUGGCGUGGUCACUGUAGCCGAGCGUCUAGACCGGGAGAAGACAGACCGCUAUGCGCUGCUGGUUGUUGCGGGCAACGGAACUCAGCAGGCACAGACACAGGUUGUAGUGAGGGUGGUUGACGUUCAGGACAGCGUCCCCACGUUCCCCCUGUUCGAGUACGACGGAGAGAUACUGGAGUCAGCUACCCCCGGGGACACAGUGUGGAGGAGGGGGAGCACGGGGCCCCUCGUUGUCACUGCCCAGGACGCGGAUGAAAACACAGUGCUUCGGUACAGGAUCAACGCCACCACAGACACGUCUAACGGUAGUUUUACUGUCAAUGCGACAUCUGGCGCGGUGAAACUGGCAAGGGAAGUCGACAGAGAAACAAUGCUGGAGUCGCUCCAUGAUAAAUACACAUUCCAGAUUGUAGCAUCUGAUGAAAGCAACAACGUCUCUACCACCGUUGUCGUGGAAGUGAAAGACGUCAAUGACAACAGCCCUCAGUUUGAGAUCUCGGAGCUGAACAUAACUAUCCCAGAAGACAUCGGCGUUCGUGAAGUCAUCACUAAAGUUAACGCAACUGACGAGGACAGCACUGACCAAGGCCGAUUGACCUACUGGCUGACCAGUGCAAACACAGAUCCAUUCGCGGUGAACGAAUAUUCAGGGGAGGUAACUGUGACUCGCCUACUCGACAGGGAGAAUGUUUCAAGCUACGUUCUUGAGUUGAUGGUUCGAGACACUGGAGGCAGAAAUAGCACCAUGAUCUUAACCGUCACUCUUAGCGACGUCAACGACAACACGCCGACGUUUGACAACAGCAGCUACGUCUUCAAGGUGGAGGAAGGUCUGGACGGAGUAAACGCCACCACGUCACUAUCUGCAUCGGACCUUGACCUCGGUGUCAACAGUCACCUCACCUUCAGCAUUAUUGGUGGGAAUUCCAACAACGCUUUCAGCAUCCAGACAUUUGGGAAACAGGGUGUGUUGACGGUUGACCGCGCACUGGACCGAGAGGAGCUUGGGAAUACCUUGACCGGAAGUGACCGUAUCAUUCAACUGACGCUACAAGUGAAUGACGAUGGCCAGGAACGACAGCUAUCGAGCACCUGCACGGUAUAUGUACACGUGACGGACAUCAACGACAACAGCCCCACGUUCGUCAAGAAAGACUAUGCUGGCAGCGUAACCGAGAACUCCAUAAACAACACUCAAGUCACACUGGUACCGGCACUAUCAGCUACCGACCCCGACAGCGGACUCAAUGGCACCGCGGGGAUCAGAUAUGAGUUAGAGACGGCAGGUGUUCCCUUCAGAAUAGAUGAUGUCAAUGGUACCGUGUUCGUCUACUACAGGAACGACACCGACAACAUCGACAGGGAGAAAACACAAGAGUAUCAACUGAAGGUCGCUGCAGUGGACGAUGACGGCAACGGCAGACGCACCGUCGCCAACUUCACUGUCGCAGUCACUGACGUCAACGAUGUCACGCCAGUCUUCGGACAGACUCACUACAGCUUCAAUGUGUCCGAGGCAGCGCCGUUGUCGUUCAGCGUCGGGGAGGUUGUAGCUACUGAUGGCGAUGUUGGCACGUGGGUCACAUACACCGUCGUCAGCGGGGCCGAGUCAAGAUUCUACAUAAAAGACUCUCUUAAUGGCACCAUCCUGGUUGCUGGUGGACUGGACAGAGAAGUGGCCAGCGAAUACAGCUUGAACGUCUCCGCCUCCGACGGCUUACACAGAGGCUACACUACUGUCAACAUCACCGUGAACGACGCCAACGACAACUGUCCGGUCUUCUCGAACCCCAAUGUUCACUUUGACAUCAUGGAAGGCGAGGCUGGGAAUGUGACUGUUGGCCUGCUGCAGGCGUCUGACGCCGACAUUGGUGUUAACGGAGAAUUUCGCUUCUUCACAAACGAUACUGUUGCACAAGGAAUAUUUACGGUGACAGAAGACGGAAGUCUGGUUACCAUAGCGUCUUUGGACCGGGAGACUACACCUGACUACGUGUUCAAGGCUUAUGCCGCUGACGAAGGGUCCCCUCCCUGUGUGUCGUCAACUAUUGUCAACGUCCACGUUCUGGAUGCCAACGACAACGACCCGAUGUUCUGUCAUCUCAACGUCUGUAAUAAUAGCGCCAUCUACGCCAACAUCCUUGAAAAGUCCCCCGUCGGCACCGUCGUAGCACUUCCGCAAGUCCGAGACGAUGACAUUGGGCAGAACGGAAAAGUGACACUGAGUCUGACCGGAAAUGGCAGCGAUCUGUUUAAUAUUGACCCCGAGACCGGAUUGGUCCGGAUAAAAGAACAAAUUGAGAUAAACAGGCUGUUUCAGAGGGGCAUCUUGUCCGGGAAUUUCUCUAAUAACGCGACCUUUGACCUUACUAUCGUCGCAGAGGAUCAUGGGACAAAUCCGAGGAGCAGCAACGUGACCUUGCACUUAUCUAUUCAAGAAAUUAACGACGGUGCCCCCACAUUCAGCAACAACGUCUACAAUUACACCAUCCCAGAGGAGGAAAAUGCAGACUAUCUAGUCGGUGAUGUGGAAGCAAGUGCCAAAAACGCAACCGGGUUGACCUUGACCUACAGCAUGAUUGGAAGUGGCCAGGCGGAUGACCAUUUUAAGAUCAACGCAAACACGGGUUCUAUUAAGACGACGGAGGUGCUGGACAGAGAGACGAGGCAGCGGUACUCGUUCGCUGUGCAGGUCAGAGACGGGAGGGUGCCGGAGAGAACAGCCUAUGCAGUGGUAAUGGUGACGUUGAGUGACGUGAACGACAACGUCCCCACCUUCUCCCUGCCUGUGUACAGGAUUACCAUUUCAGAGGACGCCACUCCUCAGAACCUGACCCAAGUCUCCGCCACCGAUGUGGACGCUGGCGUGAACGGCAGGGUUACUUACACUCUCACCACUGCAACAGAUGUUUUUGUCCUGGACCCUACGUCAGGCCAGCUGCGUCUAAACGGGUCCCUUGACAGAGAGACGCAAGCGACCUACGUCCUGACCGUCAUGGCAACGGACGGCGGCUCCCAACCACUGAAUUCCACGUCACAAGUUAUCGUCACUGUGUCAGACGUUAACGACAACGCCCCAACGUUUGUCAACGUCCCCUACAUCGUGUACAUCGCAGAGAACAGUCCCCCUGGUCAGGCGUUGGUGCACGUUCUGGCGACAGAUCCGGACCAGGGACUGAAUGGACGGGUGGUAUACUUCCUCCAACCAGAUGCAGGAACAGAUGUCUUCCAGAUCGACGCGCUAGAUGGCAAGGUGACCUCUGUGCGCUCACUGGACUUCGAGCACAAAGAGGUGUAUGACUUGACCGUGAUGGCCGAGGAUCUCGGGACCCCCUCUCUGAACUCCAACACCACCAUCACCGUCCACGUGAACGACACCUACGACACCAAGCCGCAGUUCACGCCCGACUUCUACAGCGUGAAGGUGUCUGUGGCAACCCCUGUAGGGACGCCACUAAAUGUUACACUCAACGCCGGAAACGGCAACUUCUACUACACUCUAACUUCUGGGAACGACGGCAACCUGUUUGACAUUGUGCCCGAUACUGGCGUUAUGAGGGUGGCCGGGGAUAUAGUAACACAGGGCAACGUUCUCCUGACAGUCAUGGCGUCGGAUAGACGACCUUCCCCAAGUACCGAUACAGCUAAUAUACUCAUCUCCAUAACGAAACCGGAUGUGACGUUUCCAAAACCCGAGUAUCGCGUGAGCUUGCCUGAAAACUUGACCCCUCCUGUGAAACUGCUGGACCUGAACACCUCGGCCGAGCUGCAGGGGAUCCCGGUGACGUACACGAUGACGUCACAGACAGAUGCCUUCAUGGUCAACAGUUCUACUGGAGAGCUGAUGUGCAUCAAAUCUCUGGACCGGGAACAAACAUCAGAAUACAAAUUGCAGAUACAAGUUUCCAUAGUGACACCGUCCUCGACAAGAUCUAAACGUGCAGCGGAGGCCAACGUGGUUGAAGUGAUAGUUACAGUCCAAGACAGGAACGAUAACCCACCCCGCCUCCAGGCGCCCGGUGGGGGGACACUGGUCUACGGCAUCCCAAGCUCUGCGGCACCAAACUACUUGGUGGUUCAACUCAGGGCGGCGGACCCGGAUGAAGGGGCAAACAGUGUUGUCCUGUUCACAGCUACUUCCGGGGACACAACUCUGUUUGGCGUGAACCCUACUUCCGGGGCAGUGCGGUCUCUGGUCAAGAUGGUGUCAGUGACCGCCACUGAAUUCACACUGACAGUCAACGCAACAGAUGACGACGGAAACGGACAAUCCACGUCCAUGAAGCUUAAGAUCCUAGUUAUAAAGGAGACUGAGAGGUUUGGCCUGGUAGCUCAUAUGCAACCGUCGGAGUUUAACAGACGCGAGGAUGCCAUCAUUGCGAAUCUGAGCCGGAUCCUAGGCCUGGAGGUCCAGCUGGAGGCGGUGGAGCCACACACGGAGAACAGCAAGCUGGUCUUGACCAAAUCGGACGUGUAUUUCCAUGCUGUUGAUCCGCAAACAGGGAAGGCCGUGUCUUUUGAGAAGAUCAAGAGUCUCGUGACGGCCAACGAAGUCGCCAUCAACCAGCUUCUGGGCGUGCUGAAGGUGUUGUCCGUUACCCUGGCGCCGACCAUCAUGCCGAGGUUCAACAGCACUAGUCAACCCUACACCAUCAGCGAGGCCGAGAUUGCCAUCAUUGUCAUCGCCGGGGUCAUGUUUAUAGGUAGCGUGGCUGCAGUUGUCGCCAUCAUCAAAAUAUGGAAACAGUAUGAGGAGUGGAACGUGAAGCAGGAGAAGGCGAAGAUGGCCCGGCAACGCCAGAAGAAGAUGACGGAGGAGAGAGCAGUGGACGAAGGCUUCAAUGAGACCAACUUAGACUCGGACACUGCAGAUCCAAUUGACCCAGAUGCGAGUGAAGACUCUGCUUCCAGAGACUUCAGUCCCGGGAUUCAUCUGCGGGCCUCGAGGAUGGCGGAAUCGCUGAAGUCGCUGCAGUCGAGACGGAGGUCGGUGAUAUCCAUGGAGGAGCAGGAGAAGGUGAUUACGCUGGGCGAGGAGCCCAAAAGCGACAACAUCAUUGAUCUGCGGAACCAACUUGCUAGUCUGGAACUGGACAAGGUCAUCGAUAUGUUUGACACUGUAGAUUCCUCUACUGACGAUAUAGGUCCGAAAGACCAAUCAGACGACAAGGUAGUAUAUGACGUCGAAACCGGAAGGAGUUCCGCAGUGCCGAACGCGUCACAGAUACCAUCAACCUCUGGAAACAAGCCGGGUGGUGUUAAAAGAACGACUACAUCCGGUGGGAUAGCUUCUCAAGAACCGAACACUGAAUCUGAUAUCUAUCUUGUGCCCAUAAUGGAUGAUUCCCGGGGCAGAAAAGAUGAUGAAAUUGUUGGGGCCGACAAAAACAAUAUCAAGUCCAAAAAUGUGAGAUUUACGAGCGCAGUCAAUAUAGAUCAACCAGACAGUGGCAAUUCUUCCGACAGUGAAAAUAUGGAGUCAUUGAGGAAAGAAGAACAUUAUAACCCAUGGCUGGACACAACGAGAGAUACGCACACGGGAGAAUUAGUCACUACGCUGUAAAGAGAUUGUUGAAAAAAAGGCACAUAACUGAUGACCGGUAAAGCUCGCGUGGGCCUCCAGCAGAAUAUGAUGCACGGUUAAUGUUGAAACGAUAUACUCGUACAUCACUGUGAUACGUACAAUCUUGACUGAAAUACUGCUCAGAUACACAAAAUAUGACAAACACUUCACUUUUGAUAUAUGAUCAUCCAUAUAUCACCAUCAUAAAACCCUGACCUGUAAAAUGAUAAGAACUAUUGUCACAUCAAUCGAACCAGCUGUGGGAGGCGAGUCAAUACUAAUCGAUAAUGUGUGUCUCAGCUGAGCGUCACUGUAUAGGAAUGUACCACACAACAACAUCGCACAUUUAUGGUGUUGCCAGCUGUUUCUAAUGGCGCUUUUACUGGUGAAAGGAUUCAUGAUACUGCUGGUCAGUCAUCAUGGUAUAGUGUCAAGUUCAACAAAAUGAGUGCAAUAAUGUGUAUACACAGUGUAUAGCGUGAAGAAGUGAGUUUAAUUAUAAUUUAGUUUUUAUCAAUUUAAUAUUUCAUGUAUAUAUUGAGAUAUAUACAAAUUAUAUAUACUCUAUUUUUAUACACAUUGUAUGAUGCACGUUAAUACUCAAAUAUUGUAUAUAUUGUAACAAAAAAAUUGAUAUCCCAACCAGUUAAUGGGAACGGGUGACCUAGUCGUCUGAACCGCGCAGUUCGCUGUGCCCUUGUGCACGCCAGAUACUUACAUGUCAAAUUGCGGGUUCGAAUCCCAGUUCGACCCGAUUAUGUUUCUAGGUUUGUCUGCACCAGCUCAUGGGUUUCUCCAAAGUGGUAAACGUCAAAGACCUGCAUCACUUCGGGCUUUCCUCCCACGUUCAGCUGACACGCCGCGAUAUAACUUGAAUACUGUUAAUGCGACGUUAACCCCAACUCACUCACUCACACACAAACUCAGUCAUCUCAACAUAAAUCUAAAAUCACUUAUAUAUAUUCUCAUUUGACUCUCCAUAGCUCGAAAAUGUAGUUAUAUCUACAUACAGCUAGUUUUUAGUAAGUAUUAAUGAAUAGGGUACGUAACACAUACAGCCAUACCCGGAUGUCACAAAGUCCUUGAGUGACGUUAUUUCAUGGAAAUAGCGAAUGUCGGAUAUAUGGAACUGUAUGAAUAAUUGCAUCGAGUUGUGUAGCAAACUGUACCCCUACCCGCUACAUAUACGGUUAUACAUAUGUGGGAGUGUGUGAUGGUCCACGAGGCAUUGCAUAAAUUACACGGGAGUUAUAACUGGAUCUGCUUUUUGAAUGAGUUUUUAAUGCAUAUAAAUGGUUUUCAACAUUUGUUUUGAGGAUGUAAGAAAGAUGUGUAUGAUGGCCACUUUAAGCCAGUGUGAUUGAAGGAAGAGUGUGGCUAACUGAUGACGUCAACCGAACAAAUCUGGAUUGCUGUCAUUAUUUAUUUUCAUUCAUAAUAAGUGGUAUCAUCUCUAAAUCAUCCACAAUUUUAUAAUUUCAAUUGACAAUUAAUAAGAUAAAUAGACAUUAAUAUUUUGCUUUUUCUUCUUCUGAAUGUAUUAGUAUUUCGUUAUGAAAUAAAUACGUUCCUUUUCUUAA